UAAAAGUUCAACGUCUAAACUUACAGCUGAAUAAGCUUCAAAUUUCAAAUUUUCGUUUGAAAAAAGAACUGCAAUUCACCCAAACAAAGCUGUCUAAUGAAGAAGUUAUCUUGCGUCAACAACUUGCUGACAAGAAUGUAGAGAUUAAUGUCCUGCAAAAUGAUAUGCUUAUUUUACAGGAAAAGAUAGAGCAAAUGCAGCAGAAAGUACAAAGCACCAGAUGUAAAAAAGUCUACUCAUCUGAUAUUAGGGCACUUAUCUAUGACAUGCUAGCAUGUCAAGUUCCUACACACAGUGUGCCCCAACUUCUUCAUAAAGUAGGAGAACACUUUGGGUAUAGAUUUAGUGACAUUCCACAUCGCAAAACUGUGGAGCAGAUGAUGCGCGAGCUGGGUAUUAUUUCAGAACUCCAGGCUGCUGAGAUAGCAUUCUCAACAAAAAAUUUGACUCUUGGUUUUGAUGCCACAACCCAGGAGGGUGUUUAUGUCAAUGUUGUGCACUUAACAAAUGAAUCUUCGUGCAUGGUUGUAGCCAUUGACCAGCUUGCUGGUGGUACAUCUUAUGACUAUAUGAGUCAUAUUACAAAGUCUGUGGAUAAUCUUACUAAGUUGUAUAGUGACUUUUACCGGAAACAAUAUACUGAUGUACGAAGCACGAUUAUCAGCAACAUAACAAACACAAUGAGUGACAGAGUGGCAGUGAACCAUGCAACUAUAACAAAGUUAAACACUUUUUGGCAAAAAUCUCUAAAUGAACUGAACUGUCACCUUCACCCAUUGGAUACAAAAACUUCUGCUUGCAAGUCAUCGCUUAAAGCUUUGGAAACUUCAAAAGGGAAACUUUUUGGUAGAGAUUGUUUUGCAGCAAACAUUGUUGUUCAGUUAAAUAAACUCCGUUACAAGGAUGGUAAAGGUGAUCCAAAAGGCUUUGUCACCUUUUUGGACAAGCAUGGUCUUCCUAGAGGACUUAUACCACGCUAUAGGGGAAAUCGAUUGCACAUACUUUUUCAUACAUGUGGAACUUUAAUACAUCACUACCAGAAACUUCAGAGUUUUCUGUUUUCUGGAGUAGUGUUAUGUGGAGGACUGAGAAAUAGUCUUUUCCAAGACUUCACAUCUGAUACAGGUAUACGCGAGAUGUGUGCCCUAGGUUUAAUUGGAAAGUUAGUGACUGGUCCCUGGAUGAAAAAAUUCUAUGUGGCGCCAGGACAAGGACUUGACUAUUUGUCUGGCAUCCAAGUGAUCAAAAAUGUUUGCAAUGCACUUGUUGAAAGCAGCGCAGAAGCUCUUUCCCUUAUUCACCGAAAAACAGAUUUUUUUGGAGGUGAUCUCAAUGAUCCAGUUUUUCAAUCACUCAUAGGCUUUUGCCCAAGGACUGAUGAAAUGAGAGAUGCAUUAGCCAGCUGUCUAAAUGCUGUCAUUAGUGUUAUUAACCGUCAGUAUGAGCGACAGUUUACUAUGACUUUAACUGACCAACUCAAGUCCCAGACAUUAUCAGCACGUCCACAUAAUAUUGACUGUGAAGAACUUGUGGGUAUGUUUAGUGCUGCAAAGCAAAAAGCUCCUAAUGCCACACUUUGUUAUUUGUCUUCGAAAAUUUGCGCAUGCAAGAAUAAGACAGCUGAUUUUCUUUCUGAAAAACCUACUGAUAUACGAAAUAAAUUGAUAGCCUGGUCUAUUUCUUCAGCCGGUAAAAAGCGCUUAGCAAACAUGCAAUGCCAUGAAGAAAUGAAGGCAGAAUUGAUUAAACGCAUGGCUAAAAAGAUUCAAAAUAAGGAGGAGAAAGAAAGAAGAAAAGUGGAAAAAAUAUUUAAAAAAUGCGUACCUCUACAGGUAAAACAACUCUUCCCAGAUCUAGAAAAUAAUGAAGCUGCAGAUAUUGAAGACAUUCUCAAUGGAGAUGCUGUUGGAAGAAGUAUAUGCCACAUGUGGUAUGAUGCUGACACUAAAAGCCAGGAUAUGUACUAUGGCAGGCUUCUUAGCAUUAAAAAAAAAAAUAAUGCUUUAUAUAUAGUUUCUUAUUGGAAACCAAAUGAAAAUGAGGAUGAUGAUGCUGUUGAAUAUGAUAUGAGAAAAUAUCAAUUAUCUGCAGACAUCAUAAGCGGUGAUUUGAUGUUAUCAUAAGCAAAUUAUGGUAACAAUCUUAUGAUAACGUUGCUUUUUUUAAAAAGAGUUCAUAGUCCAAACUUGCAACAAUAAAUCUUGAAAUUUUUCACAAAAAUACGCACACAAAAAAAUCUCUUAAAG